GGUGAAAACACUGCUCUAACUCAUUAGUAAGUGCGAUUAGUUUGGUCUGGCGGUAGCGCUGCUCGAUGAUUCUGAACUCUACUAAUCCCGGUUGUACACCUUGAAGGAGAUUAGACAGUACAUCGGCGCCAAAACAGAGAGUUGUCCCCAGGAAGUUUUUUAUGUGGCAAAUAUGGUUUGCUAAUAUCAGUGUGGAUGCUUCUAAUGGCCUUUACCCAAGUACAGCCUGUGCGUUUAGUUGGGUUUCUGAGAAGAAGAAACUUUAUCUCUCUUGUGAAUAAUGUUGUUAAGGAUCAGGUCUAUGACCGCACUUCCUCUGCCCUGCAGCGAUACAGCCGACUAUCCUCAGCCUCCGAAAAGAAACUUCAAUUUUUAGUAAAUAAAAUUCACCCAGAAUAUGAGUCACCAAAUUUUGUGGGAUGCCAGUCUUCCUUUAAGUCACUUGCUUCUGUUAACCCCUACACCAUUUGUAUGUUUUCAACAAAUCGCCAACUCUCAGUGAAGGACCAGAGCAGCCAAUCCACCAUCUAUAAGCCUAAAGAACCACUGUCCACUGUGGAGGCGAACACGGCCAUCGUGGACAUGUGGUCAGUCACCCUUGGAGCUGUGGGUGCUGCCAUUGCUGGCAUAAUUCUGGCUAACACAGAUUUUUUCCUGACCAAGCCUGAGUUUGCCACUCUACAGUAUCUGGAGAAUGCUGAUCUCAGAACUACUGAGGGGAAUGAGAAGGUAAUUAAAGCUAGAACUCUGUGGGCGACAUCUGGAGCAGUGAUCAUGGCUGUACGCCGGCCUGGAUGAUUUUUGUGCAGAGAGGAAGCUGCUGAGCUGUCCUCUCUGAAGCCCCAGCUGGACAAGCUUGGGGUACCGCUGUACGCUGUGGUCAAAGAAAACAUUGGUACAGAGGUUCAGGAUUUUAAACCACACUUUGCUGGAGACGUCUUCCUGGAUGAGAAGCAAGUGUUCUAUGGUCCUAUGCUGAGGAAAAUGGGUGGUCUUGGAUUAAUUCGUCUGGGAGUUUGGCACAACUUCAUAAGGGCCUGGAGGUCAGGUUACCAAGGAAACAUGAAUGGAGAGGGCUUCAUCCUGGGUGGUGUGUUUGUCAUUGGAUCUGGCACGCAGGGAGUUCUUCUGGAACAUCGGGAGAAGGAGUUUGGAGACAAAGUUGAUUACGAGUCAGUUUUGGAGGCAGCUAAAAAAAUAGUUCAGAAUUAGAUUGUUUGCUUGGUGAUCUAGGGAUAAUUUUGUAGCUUAUAAGCAGGUUGCUAA